ACCCCAGAGUCACAUAGAAUACAUUUCAGACUACAGGGAGAACUAUUUAUUUACAUUUGGUGGAUGAAUACUGAGAGACGUGAGUGGUUGGGCAAAACUUCUUCCUUGUAAAUGAAUUACCCAGAGGAUCCAGAGGAACAGCUCUCGGAGGAUGAAAACGAAGAAGAAGAGGAGAGGGAGGAUGAAGGAAUAGAGAUAAUGGAUGAGGAGGAGGAGGAGGAAGAAGGCGAGGUGGAGGAAAAUGAGGAGCCUAAACUGGGCUGGGCUAACCUCCCGGACGUGUGUCUGCGGCAGGUGUUCUGGUGGCUGCGUGACCGUGACCGUGUCAAGGCGGCCCUGGUGUGUCUCCACUGGCACCACGUCAUGCGCUCGCCCUCUCUCUGGAGGGUUCGAACCUUCAACUUCUCCGGCCGCAUCUCCAGGACCCGCCGCUCGGAGCUGGAGACGGCUGUGUGUUACGCCAAGACCUACGGCGCUUACCUGGAGGAUCUGGAGAUCCGCUUCUCCCACCCCCUCAACUCUCUGGUGUCCCGGCGCUUCCAGCAGACGCUGAGGACCUUCCUCGCCGCGCUGCGUAAAACCAGAGGCGGACUACGCCGCCUAACUGUCAACCACAUGGAGCUGGACCGCGCCGCCUGGUGCCGCAGCGUACGCAAGGCGCUGGUGCGCAGCCUCACCUUCUACCUGCGCCGCGAGAGCUCCCGCCUGGGCUACUUGAGCCUGCGAGGGGCCCGCCUCAACCUGCCCCAGGGCCUGGAGGUGCUGGAGGCCGUGGCUGCAUCUCAGCAGCACAUCCACCUGGGCCGCCGGCCCGGCAUCACCCACCUCAACCUGGAGGACUUCUUCUCACAGCCGCUGGCCGUCUUCAUCAGCCCCGCCUUCCCCCAGGUCAUGAACCGCUUCCAGGGCCUCUGCACCCUGACCCUCAACUACAGCUGCCUGUCGGACGAGCUUCUGGCGGCCCUGUCCGCGGCGUGUAGGAGCCUGGACGGGGGAGGCUCCCUGCAGACGUUCACCAUACGAUGCCAUAUCCACGAGCCCCACAUCCAGGUGGUCUGGGGGGAUGCCUGGUCCCAUCUGGCUCAGCGUUGUCCCGACCUCCGUGUGCAUAUCACAGUGGAGCGAAUCCUCGACAUGGACAAGCUGGGGAGGAUUCUGCUCAGAGAGAUCCCGCUGCGCUCGCUCAGUCUCACCAGUUGCUACUUCAGUGAACAGGACUGGAGUGUCAAGCCUGCCCUUACCAACCUAGUGCCCUACUACAGGAGCUGUUUACAGGUGACGAUUGGUUUCUCUACCCGGCAAUACACAGUAGCAGUCAGCUAUGGAGCGAUGAUGGCACCAUUUAGGCUACUGGUUGGUGUGGCGAAUAAGUUAGCACAGUAUGUGUAGUGUAUCAAGUGUUUUUUCAUGUACCUACAUUGUCUUUUUAUAUCCAUGCAGUUCAGACAGACUAAGCCUAGUCCUGGACUAAGGGAAUCUCCACUGAGAAUGUGUUUUAGUUCUGGACUAAGAGAAUGUGUUUUAGUCCAUCUCCAUUGAGAAUGUGUUUUAGUCCUGGACUAAGGGAAUCUCAUUUGAGAAUGUGUUUUAGUCCUGGACUAAGAGAAUCUCCAUUGAGAAUGUGUUUUAGUCCUGGACUAAGAGAAUCUCCAUUGAGAAUGUGUUUUAGUCCUGGACUAAGGGAAUCUCCAGUGAGAAUGCGUUUUAGUCCUGGACUAAGAGAAUCUCCAUUGAGAAUGUG